AGAUUAAGCCUUAAUGGUGCAAUUAUCAUAGUGAAGACUGCCGGGUUCUAAUGUAAUUUGAUUAAUUACGCUGGUGGUCAUAUUUACACGUCCGAAUCAGAUGUGCUCAUAAUUAUCGACGCAGCGCUGACAUGUAUCUGUCUUUUGGGUUUCUCUGAAAUUGCAGCGGUAUCAUGAAGUAGAACCGCUGUUUGAUACCCACAUUCUCCAUUCUCGAUGGGGUUCGAGGUCGGUUGGUAAAGCCGGAGCUGCUGCAUUGUGCUAACACAGGCGUCGAACUGCUUAUAACUUGAUGUUAGCACAAAACAGCAGUCACCAAAAGUCUUGCUUAGUUGGUUUUUUAUAUCUCUGACCUACGGCCAUUCAUUCAUAUGAAAUCAAACUUGGAAGUCUUGAACAAGGGUCUGUCUAUGGGCAAAGACUAAACCUGAGAAUGAAUCCAGAUGAUCACUUCAACUUGCUUGCUUUUGUAUACUGAUCACAAAAAAAAAAAGUAAAAAGAUCGAAAAUUAGCUCAUGAGGUGAGAAUUGUUAAUUAGUAUCGACUAAACUAUCCUCAACAAAGCUCCAACAUUUGAAAAUCUUUGAGGAAGAAAUAUUUGAGUUGGCAAUUCUAUACACGUCUGACAAGGAAACAAAAAAAUGGUUGGAAAACAUGAAUAUAAGCAGUUCACGUGUGUUAACGAAAAUGGACUUUAUGGCUAUUUAAUGUCUGUCCUGGAUGGCUAGUACGUACUGCUUCUUAUGUCUACGUGACAAAAGCUCAAUGAGUUGGUUGUGGAGACAGACAUAACGCUCUGAAUGUCAAAUUAAUAGCUUUGCCCCAUAAAGACCAGAAUCCAUACACGAGCUAGAAAAUGAGUACUGCAACUUCAAAAAUUAGUUUUAAGGAAGAAAGGGAUUGAUGAUUGCUGCCUGUGAUUGACGAAUUGCUCCACCUUUGAAACGUCUCGACCAGUCAAUUCAGGUCUUGGUGUCCAGCAUUGGAGGAGAUGAAAUUGAUCCUACUAUUCUCCGUCUCACUCUGGAUGUGUUCCUCUUUCAGCAAUUCACAAAAGACCAUCCAAAAUCGCACUUCCAACUUCCAAGUUGGGGUGAUUCUUGAUUUGAAGUCAGUGGUCGGAAGCAUGGGUCUAAGCUGCAUGUCCAUGGCCCUCUCUGAUUUCUAUUCGAUUCACAGCAACUACUCGACGAGACUUUCUCUUCAUGUUAGGGACUCUCAAGGACAAGUCGUUGAAGCAGCUGCUGCUGGUACAUAAACCUCAGCUCCCCCAUUCCGUGCAUUACAUAUUCUGAACACACUCAUAUCCUGAGCUUGUUUUAGUUCUUGUGCAACUCUAGGUCUCGAUUUGUUGAAAUUUGUCAAGGUAGAUGCAAUCUUAGGUCCUCAGACAUCUGCACAGGCCAACUUUCUAAUGGAUCUUGGAGAUAGAGCUCAGGUCCCCAUAAUUUCUUUUUCUGCAACAAGUCCUUCUCUUCAUACUCGAACUCCGUACUUUGUGCAAGCCACACAAGGCGAUGACACUCAAGUUGGUGCAAUUGCUGCCAUAGUUAAAGCCUUCCAGUGGAGUCAGGUUGUUAUCAUCUAUGAAGACUCAGAAUAUGGUAGUGGCAUUGUCCCAUACUUAUCUAAUGCAUUCGAAGACGUGAACGCACACAUUCCAUAUAAAAGUGUAUUUCCUGUUUCAGCAAGUGAUAACUUUGUACUCAAAGAGCUAUACAAGAUGAUGACUUUACAGACAAGGGUGUUUGUGGUCCAUAUGUCACCUACUCUUGGUGCCAGACUCUUUCGGAAAGCCAAGGAAAUAGGAAUGAUGGAGAAAGGUUAUGCCUGGAUCAUAACCAGUGGACUAAUGGAAUUAGUCUACUUGAUGGAUUCUGAUGUUGCUGAAGCAAUGCAAGGGGUAUUAGGUGUGAAACCGUUUAUACCAAAAUCUGAGCAGCUAAACUCUUUUGCCAAUAGGUUGAAGAAAAAGUUUCUCGAGACGAGUCCUGGCCUCGGACGAUCAGAUUUGAGCAUUUUUGGCUUGUGGGCAUAUGAUACAUUGUGGGCACUGUCUAUGGCUGCAGAAAGAGUUGGAUUAAAAGAGCCACCAAAGGCUUUUGAGAAUUCAAUUGUUAAUCUCAAUGUUUCAGACCUUUUCAAUUUUAAAACGUCAGGAAUCGGCCCACAGCUUGUAAAAGCAAUGUCAGAGACCAAAUUUGAGGGGCUUUCAGGGAAGUUUCACCUUGUAGAUGGCAAGAUGGAGUCAUCAUCCUAUCAGAUAAUUAAUAUAGUUGGGAACGGACAGAAGGAGGUCGGAAUAUGGAUUCCAUCUCUUGGAAUAAGGAGGGAACUGAACAUGAACACCACAGCUCAUCAUACAAACUCGAGGGAAUAUAUCAGGAGUAUUAUAUGGCCUGGUGAUUCAACAGUUGUGCCCAAGGGCUGGGAACUUCCGGUGUCUGGUAAAAAACUAAGAAUUGGAGUGCCGGUGAAAGCUGGUUUCACAGAUUUCGUGAGAGUCACAAGGGAUGGCCAGGCUAAUUCCCGCAUCAGUGGAUUCUACAUAGACGUGUUCAAAUCUGUCAUGGAAGCAUUGCCAUAUGCUGUGCCAUAUGAACUUGUUCCUUUCGAAAAUCCUGAUGGCUCUAGUGCAGGAACGUAUAAUGAUCUUAUUUACCAAGUGCUUCUUCGGAAAUAUGAUGCUGCAAUUGGAGAUAUAACUAUCACAGCGAACAGAUCAAAAUACGUGGACUUCACACUGCCAUUUGCAGAAGGAGGAGUUCUUACCAUCGUUCCAGUCACGUAUGAAGAUGUCAAUGAUAUAUGGGCUUUCCUAAAGCCCCUAAAGAAAGAACUAUGGCUGACAAGUAUAGCAUUUUUUUUCUUUACGGGUCUGACGGUUUGGAUACUAGAACAUAGGGUAAGCUCUGCCUUUCGAGGACCUCCUUCGCAACAUGUUGGCAUGAUCUUCUACUUUCCCUUCUCAACGCUAGUAUUUGCACACCGAGAAAAAAUAGUGAACAACUUAGCUCGACUGGUUGUAGUGGUAUGGAUGUUCGUCAUACUCAUCCUGAGCUCCACUUACACUGCAAGCUUAUCAUCAAGAUUAACCGUACAAAGGCUUCAACCAUUAAUCACAGAUGUCAGUGAGCUCAUCAAGAAUAGAGAUUUUGUGGGGUGCCAAGAAGGCUCAUUCAUAGUAGAUUUCUUGAAAAAACAGGGAUUUGAGGGAUCCAGGAUCAGGACAUUCACCUCCGCACACGACUGUGACGAAGCCUUGUCUAGAGGAAGUAAAAAUGGUGGCAUAUCAGCAUUCUAUGAUGUCAUUCCCUACUCCAAGCUCUUCCUAUCCAAACAUUGCGACAAAUACAUGACAGUUGGGCCUACCCAUCGCACAGAUGGCUUUGCCUUUUCUUUCCCUAAAGGAUCUCCUUUAGUUGCUGAUGUGUCACGUGCAAUCGUCGAACUAACAGAGAAUGGGAAGAUCCUGGAAAUGGAGCAAAAUUGGUCGAGGAACGAACCAGGCUGUGCAGGACCAGACGACAGCAUGAACUCAAUCACGAUCUCAUUGCAAAGUUUCAAAGGCCUUUUUGCCAUUACAGGAGGAGUUACAGCAGUAUGCCUCCUCAUUUUCAUAGCCAGCUACUUCUACAAGUACAGAGAUUUCCACCGGAGAAUCUCAAAUUCGCGAACCACAAUUUGGUCAAAAGUCGUAGCAGUUUGCAGACACUUUGAUCAGAGAUCUCUAUCAUCCGGACAACCACAAGAUAAACUUCCAGAAUCUGGAGUUACUCAUAAUAAUUCUUCAGAAAAUUCUAUCCAACCAACAGAUUUGCCAACACAUCAUCAUUCCAACUCCAAUGAUAUUGUGUCCUCUGCACCAGAAGACGUACAGGAUGCAAGUGGAACAAUUCAUUAUUCAAAUUUGGAAGACAUGUCUGCUGAACAACACUCAGGAGUGGUCCAUCCAUCUGCAUAACUGAACUAAAGAUAGUUACAGUUUUCAGUGUGCAAUUUUCUGUUUCUUUUUUGCCUUUUCUGGGACAGUAAAGUUGCUCCGAACGUAUUACCAACUAAUUGUGCAGUUCUAUCAUU